GUCCCUCGCGCCUACAGUGGAGGAAUCGAACGUCCCCGAGCGCACACUGUCUCCACGAGCUAAGGGAAAUAACGCUUUCUUUUUUUUCCUCCUCCACCGCUCAGACAACACGAACACACCGAGCCUGCAACAAUUCGGGAAACGGGGGGCAUUCCAGAGUAUUGUUCUCACGAAGAGAGGAGGGAAGCGAGGGAUCGGGAGCCGCAAGUUUUUUUUCUUUCUUUUUCCCUUUCUCUCCUUUCUUCGGUUCACCCUCACCCACCCACUCCCGAAAAGAAGGAUUCUGUGUUCGGCGGUGCUUCGUGUUCCGCUCUCCCCGCCGCAAAGAUGAUGGUCGGAGAGGUCGAAGUGAAGGAGCGACCGAGGCCGAGUCCCGACUAUUUGAUGCAAUUGUUGAACGAGAAGAAGCUCAUGACUAGUUUGCCCAAUCUCUGCGGCAUCUUCACGCACCUCGAACGGCUUCUCGAUGAAGAGAUCAACAGAGUCCGCAAACACAUGUACAGCGACACAGUCAAUGGCCUUGUGGACAGACACCCACUGGAGCUGCCCGAGCCUAUGGGACCCAUGGUCUACCUGCAGGAAAAACUGUUUGUGCCUGUAAAAGAGUACCCAGAUUACAACUUUGUGGGUAGAAUCCUUGGCCCUCGGGGACUCACGGCCAAACAGUUGGAAGCGGAAACGGGAUGUAAAAUCAUGGUGCGAGGGAAGAGCUCCAUGAGAGACAAAAAGAAGGAGGAGCAGAACAGAGGAAAACCAAACUGGGAGCACCUGAACGAAGACCUUCAUGUUCUAAUCACAGUGGAAGACACGCAGACCAGAGCCGAGAUCAAGAUGAGGAGAGCUGUGGAGGAGGUGAAGAAACUCCUCGUACCUGCUGCGGAGGGUGAAGACAAUUUGAAGAAGAUCCAAUUGAUGGAGUUGGCCAUUCUCAACGGGACGUACAGAGACAACAACGUCAAAGCGCCCACCCUUGCGUUCUCUCUUGCAGCGGCGGCGGCGGCCGCUCAGGGACCCCGCCUUAUAGCGGCACCCACAGGUCAGGUGUUGCCGCCCCCGACACUCCGGCCCCAGACACCCGCCGGGGCCCCCAUCAUGAACCUCAUCCGGCCAACUCAGAUGGCCGCCAUGCUGCCCAGCGGCACACCGACUCUGGUGCCGCCCACGCCGGACACCGGGCUCAUCUACACCACCCCUUAUGAUUACCCCUACGCCCUGGCACCCACCUCCUUGCUGGAGUACCCCAUCGAGCACAGUGGGGUUUUAGGUAAGCGGGCCUGGGGGAGCAUGAGCGCGGCGGGUACGGCGGCCCACUUUAGCCAGCCCGGGCAGGAGGGCAGCUUGUUUUACCCCGGACUCGGGGUGCUGGACACGGCUACCAUGAGCCACAGUCAAGACUUUCUGAAAGGUGCAAUGGCUACUAAAGUGAGACGGCAUGACACGCGGGUCCAUCCUUACCAAAGGAUUGUGACCGCUGACAGAGCCGCCACCGGCAACUAACAUGAACCUUCUGACCUCUGAACUCUUCACCCAAUGACGAGCCGCCCCCAGCCUGCCUGCUGAUCAGUUAACUGGUAAUUUGCCUUUCGCUAGCCUCUCUCUCCCAGUGACUAAAGAGAGAGAAAGAAAGAGAAGGGAGGCGCCAACCCUAACACGCGAGAGAGAAAAAAAACAACAAUUCACACCAACAUGAAGUUGUGUACUACUCAUUUUUCUUCUGUUCAUUGAGUUCCGUUCCCAUUCUUUCUCUUUCUUUUUCUUCACCAGUCACACACCGCGGGUGGGAUGUUUGUGGUGUUAAUCAUAAAUGUGCACUGACGUUAAAUAGCAAUAAGAUGCCAACCAGAGAACCCACCCGUGCCCCACCCUAUUUUAUGUCACACUUGGACGCCAACCGUUUGGUUUUAGAAUGACAAUACCCCCCCAAAAAAAGAUGGUGGCGGGGUGGUUUCCCUAUCCGCCCAAAGAAAAAGAAACAGAAGGAAAGAGAACGACAACACUCACCUUAACUUUGUUUCGAUUGUCAUGACAAUUUUUGUAACUAUGACACAUUCUGGGUGUGCCGCCCUUUGACCAUUGCCCCGCCCAACAAACAGCUUUUUUUUUUGUCUUGUUUUAAAACUGCAUGGCUGUAAUGAUUGCAAACAACGUGCUUUGGGGUUGUUUUUUUUUUGUUUUUUUUUUGUGUUUAUUGCUUCUGUUCACACUUUUUUGUUAUACUAAAUUGACGCAGAAGGAAGCAGGCUGCUAAAACUAAAGCGGGGAUGGAAGUAACUUGGGAUGAAGGGUUUAUGUAUGUGUGUGCUUUUUUUUUUUUUUUAAUGGUUUUAUUUUUAUGAAAUAUUACAUCGAACGUAGGGUGUUGAGGAGGCUUUGCCAUCCACACUACAUCCACGAUAUAGUGCCUGAUGCAUUCAGAACAAACUAGAGUUCGCUGAGCUGUGAUCAAAAAGAAAAAAAAAAAGUAUUACGUGUGCAUAUUUAGCCAAAGGUUUUUACCGAUGAUUUACUACUACUAUUAUGAUAUGUCUACCAUUAUGCAUCGGCCUCGCACAGAGGGUUGUUUUUAAAAGUUUGGAAAGGUGUGAAUUUUUGGUGCCUGCCUUCAAAGCAAAGUUAGCAUUUUUACUCUAUUUUAAUUUUUUUUAAAUCCCGAAUGGGGGAAAACACUAAUACGACUAUCAUGGACAUGAACAGCCCCUGUUUUUUUGCCAUUUUUACAUUUUUAUUUCAUUAGUUGGCCGUUUAGUGCCACGCCAACGUGAAAGCACAUCCACAAUGUGUCGCAUCACUCGUACUUUGAGCUCUUUUGUUGAACUCGCUCAAGAACAAAAAAAAAAAAAGGAUGUGAAAGCCAUGCCUGCCUGUUCAAAUUGCUUUAUACAUACGUCUUAUAUAUAUAUAUAUAUAAAUAUAAAUAUAUAUAAACAUGUACAUAAUGCCAUUGCAUAUAUAAAUACAAACAGGAGUGAACAAAAACAAUUGAUACUUUUACAGAACAGGGUGCUGGGGUAUAGGGAAAAAAGAAUUCUAUUUUUGCCAAUUUUAGAUUUUGAUACUUUGCAGAUACAAAAUCGGAUUUAAAAAAUAACAAAAAAAAACGAGUGGGUGAGGAUGUGCUCUCGGCCUGGAUUUGACUGGAAAGGAGCAUUUAAAAAAGCUAAAGAACCGGGAAGGACUCAAAAUACUAACAAAAGUGCCUUAUGGAGAGCGGUUUGUUUUUUUUCCGAGAAGCGUUCCGAACCCAGCACCCACCCAAGAUGGCGCAGAGCGGAGCGUGGCGUCGGCGGCCCGCGUUAACUCUAUGCAACCCUAGCUGACUCAGCUAAAUAUGUGCCAUGUUUUUUUUUUUUUUUUUUGUCUUCCUGAGAUUUUCUUUUCACUCGACGGCCCUUUACUCUGCUGUGCGAGCAGGCUUUGAGCUCCUUAAUUUUUAAAAAUCGGAUUUUUUUUCUUUUUUUUUUUUGUGCGUGCGCGUGUGACGUAACUUCCUAUAAGACAAAACGGCGCUGCCGAUAGUAGCAAUGCAGUAGGAUGUAUCAUGAGCUGAGAAAAAUACAUUUAUGAUUUUAACUUCGAGCAGCAUUUUUAUCAAUAAUCAUGAUUUUAAAUUUUUUAAAAAACAAUCAUGUUUCAUUGCCAAUGACUGCCAGAGACGCGAAUCCAUUUUAACUCGAAAUACCGUAUUGGCCCAAAUAUAAGACGGCUCUGAUUAUAAGACGACUUUUUCAAGACUUUUUGAACACCAAAUUAAUUUUUAUACAGAAAAUAAUGACAGUACAUCUGAAACAUAUGAUUAUAACAAUAUAUUUGAGAGAAAAAGCAUGUUAUUUUGCCUAAUUCAAAUCUUAAUAUCUAACCAUUUAAAUAUGUAAACUAAGUAUAAUAACAUUCGUCAAUAAAUGGCUUCUGGUUUUUGAAAUGUAAAUAAACUAGGGCUGUCAAAUGAUUAAAAUUUUUAAUCGAGUUAAUCACAGCUUAAAAAUUAAUUAAUCGUAAUUAAUCGCAAUUCAAACCAUCUCUAAAAUAUGCCAUAUUUUUCUGUCAAUUAUUAUUAGAAUGGAAAGAUAGGACACAAGACGGAUAUAUACAUUCAACAUACUGUACAUAAGUACUGUAUUUGUUUAUUAUAACAAUAUAUCAACAAGAUGGCAUUAACAUUAUUAACAUUCUGUUAAAGCGAUCCAUGGAUAGAAAGACUUGCAGUUCUUAAAAGAUAAAUGUAAGUUAUAGAAAUUUUAUAUUAAAACCCCUUUUAAUGUUUUCGUUGUAAUAAAAUUUGAAAAAUUUUUCAAACAAAAAAUAAACUAGUAGCUCGCCAUUGUUGAUGUCAAUUAUUACACAAUGCUCAUGGUGCUGAAACCCAUAAGAUCAGACGCACCUAAGCGCCAGCAGAGGGCGACAAAACACCAAAAAAACACAAGUAACAAAUGGAUAUGACACUUUAAUCAUUUUAUUCUUUCUGAGAGGGGCAUGUGCGUUAAAUGUGUCAAAUAUUUUAGCGUGAUUAAUUUAAAAAAUUAAUUACCGCCCGUUAACGCGAUAAUUUUGAGAGCCCUAAAAUAACCAAUCUAAUGUGAUAAAACAAUAAAAUUGCAAUAACUGCAUUAACUAAAGAUAACGAUCGAUCGGGUCCGAUCACGUCAUUUUCAAAUUAUCGGAAUCGGCAAAAAAAUAUCGGACAUGCCUUUUUUAAUAUACAAUACUGUAUAUUUUUAUUAUAUUAUGUAUAUACAGGAUAUGCUGUAUGUAUAUAUUUUCCCCAAGUGGAAGCUUCCCUGAUCCUAAUAAAUUUAAUUAUUAAAAAUAUAUAUAUAUACAGUACUGUGCAAAAGCUUUAGGCAGGUGUCCUGCCUAAAACUUUUGUACAGUACUGUAUAAAUACUUUUUUUAAUCAAAUCGUUUUCUAAUUGUAUUUAAAGUUACAGACAAAAUGUCUUACCCUCAUCCAGAGUCUUUAGUUUUGGCUUAAAGUAGGGCUAUCAAAUUUAUCGCGUUAACAGCGGUAAUAACAUUGAAAUAUUUUACGCAAUUAACGCAUGUGCUGCACUACCCACUCACGCAUUGUAGCGUUCAAUCUAUAAUGGCACCGUUUUACGUAUACAAAGAGCUAAAGGCAAUGUAAAAUGAGUAGAGAGAACUUUGGCAGCCCUUGAAGCCUUUUUUUUAAUUGGCUAAACCCUUACAAUCCCUCUCUCAACAAUUAGAAAUAUCGUGGAAAGCAAUGUGGGGAAGAAAGGUAGUAGUUGAUCUUUAUCUUAACACCUUAUUUUAUUUCCCAACGCAGAGAAGAUAUAUCAAUUGGUACCACGACGCACAGUCAUGGUUGCACUUCCCAUCAUGCAUUUGGGCAGACGUUAAAUGGCUACAGUAUCAUUUACUGAAAGCUCAACAAAUACACUAGAUGGCAAUAUUUAGUCACAAUAUACAAAGUCACAUUUAUCCUUUAAGAAUUACAAGUCUUUCUAUCCGUGGAUCCCUCUCACAGAAAGAAUGUUAAUAAUGUAAGUGCCGUCUUGAGUAUUUAUUGUCAUAAUAAACAAAUACAGUACUUAUGCAUUGUAUGUUGAAUGUAUAUAUUUGUCCGAGUUUUUUUUUUUUUUUUUCUUAAUGCAUUGCCAAAAUGUAUAUGAUCGGGAAAAAUGAUCAGGAAUGGUUGGAAUUGAAUCGGGAGCAAAAAAAAAGCAAUCGGAUCGGGAAAUAUCGGGAUCGGCAGAUACUCAAACUAAAACGAUCGGGAUCGGCUCGGGAGCAAAAAAACAUGAUCCGAACAACCCUAGCAUUAACCAUCAAAGUGAAGUCUAACUGUAACUGUAGUCUUAAAACAAAUCCGAAUAAGGAAAAACGUUGCAAUAAAAUAAUGCAAACUGGUUAAACUUGAGAGUAGCUGAGUUCUGUCAUGACAGAACAUUACUCCUCAAGUUCAGCAUUCGCUUCAAUGAUAUCUACCGCCAUCUGGCGUCGUAAAUGGGUAUAAUGUCUAGACAGCAAAUAUAAGACGACCCCUACUUUUACAGUCUUAUUUCAGUGCAAAAAACACCAUCUUAUAUUCGGGCCAGUACGGUAGAUUGGACGUCUAACCGCCGCCAGUGGCAACUAAUGCAUUAACUCUGUUCAUGGCUUUCUCAUCGAGCCGAAAAGGUCAAUGAAAUUCUUUUGUUUUCAGUGUUACUCUUAUUCUUACUAUUAUUUUUGAAAAUUUGAAAUGCAAUAUAAGUGGAGAUGGCUGUACGGCAUUUGACAGUAUUACGAGAAGUCCCUCUGCAAUGUUACAUGCUACUUUGUGUGGCUGGUUAACAUCCAUCAGGUGGUGAAAAGGUUGGGGGGAAAAAAAGCAAAACAGAAAAGAAACGUAUUCUCUGGCCUGCCUACUAUACUUGUAUGAUAAUGUAAUUAACAGCCAUUGUUACAGGUUUAUAAUGUAUUUUUCUAAUCUCAUUUUAUAUGUAUAUUAAUCAUGUUUCUGAGUGCUUUUUUUAUGACCUUGUCCCCCACUCCCCUCCCUUCCGCAUCCGCCUUCACUUUUACACAACGAAGUGUUAUAUUUUGUUUUCAUGCCCAGCUUGUUUAACUCAUGAGCUACUUUUAUUAGUUUCUCUUGUCAUAAGUAUUUUACAUGCUUGCCAUUUAGUUUUACAUGGUGUAUGCUGUUAUUUUUUUCUCCUUAUUAACCUCUUGGCAUUUAUUUUAAUAAAACAUUCUUAGUAAGAAUUUUACUAACGCGCUGAUAUUUUUGUCUCGUGUUUUUAACCAGUCUCAUGAAUGUAUUGACUCGGUCUGGUUCACGGACUAACAGAAUUAAUUUACAACUGGUGACUCGUGGACACGACACACACGGGCGCACACAUCCACGUGUUCUCAUGAUUUAUUGGUAGGAAAUGGUACAAAAUGAUGUCACGUUGCUAUCUGAAGUAUUUGUCAGCAACGAAAGUGCGAUAAUUUGAAUUCUUUAGUGGGACUGGGGUCAGAUGUUGGUCCGUAGAUCAUAUAUAGCCUAAAUUCGUGCUGGGUGAUAUUACUGUUUUAAUUCACAAUGACAAUCAUGCUACAAUUAUUUUCGGACUAUAAGCCGCUACUUUUUGCCUUCUCUUUGAAGCCCGCGGCUUAUUUGUUGAUUUAUUUGGGUUAAUAGGAAACACUUUGACAGCGGCGUCAUAAGACUGCCAUAAGACCGUCAUAAUUGUGACAUGACACUAUCAUGGGCAUGACGGAAUGCUUAUGACAGAUGUCAUUAGGUGUCAUCCGGCAAAUUAUGCCACUAAUUCCGUUUAUGUCCAGCUUGGAUCUUUUGCAUCCAUUCAAAAGUGAGUUAAAUUGCCGGUUAACACUAAAUGUCACCUGUUAAUUCCAUUCGUUAAUGCUUAUGACAGUGUCAUGUCAUAAUUAUGAUGGUCAUAUGACAGUCUUGUGGCACCACUGUCUAAAUAAAGUGUUACCAAAUACCAUAACUAGAAAUUAAUGAAACAACUGGAACAAUAAAUGAAGAAAUAAUUAGUACAGAACAUGAUUUUUGAUCGUUAUUUACAUCUGUAGCGCUGCGUUGCAUGCUAGGAGGCAUGCUGGACAACAACAGUGUUGACAGCAGGUGGCAGCAGAGGUUGAUUGUCUACCCCAAGGGAGCAGUGAUGGCCAAAUGAAGCUUCUUGAAGCAAUGAAGCUUUGCAGCCAAUUGGUUCAAAGCUUCAUGAUGGUUCAUUUGGUCUUAUGACAGUCGUAUGAAGCUGCUGUCAAAGUGUUACCGGUUAAUAUCUUUUGGUGUAAACAUCCCAUAAUACAGUGAGGACAGCUGCAGCUUAUAGUCCAGCGCAAAUGUCGUUUUCGUGUCAAAUUUGGUGGGUGGCGGCCUAUAGUCAGGUGCGCCUUAUAGUGCGAAAAUUACGGUAUAUAUUUUUAAUUCUUUAAUGAUUAAAACACUUUUUUUAAAAAAAAAACUACGGCAUAGGGGUCCGAUCUUUUUAAAACUGGUUCAGUUAAAAUAUUUAAACGGAACUACUUUAAAUUGAUUGGGCAUUUUUCACCAUCAAUUGCAGACAAUGAGUUAACUGUUUUUAAUACAGUGAUCCCUCGCUACUUCGUGCUUCAAACUUGACGCACUCAGUCCAUCGCGGACCCCCCCCACCCCCC